AUGUCCAUGUCAAACGAGGCCUUGCAGAAGGUCCUGCAAGAGAUCAGCCAGAAGAAGGCUUUCGCCGAACAACAACUCGUCAUCGUCAAACAACAAAAGGCCGCCAGGACACGAGAGGGUCGCAUGCUCCAGCUCACCUCAUCAGAGGUCUCGUCAUUGCCUGCAGAGACUAAGGUGUACGAGGGUGUUGGGAAGAUGUUUGUCUGCACACCUAUCCCAGAUGUACAGAAGAGACUCGAGGAUGAGAGUGAAGCGUUGAACAAGGAGAUGACCAAUCUGGACAAGAAGGAAGACUACCUGGAAAAGACGUAUACGAAUAGCAAGAACAGCCUCGAGCAGGUGCUCAAAGGUGCUGCUUGA